AUGCUUGGGGAAGCCAUUCAGAAUACAAGAAAUACCUACGACAGAUCAAUUAUAGUUGACGGAGAAGAAGCAUCUCUCGUGGUGUUCGAUAUAUGGGAGCAGGAUGACAGCCAAUGGCUUCAGAAUCACUGCAUGAAAAUGGGAGAUGCCUAUAUUAUCGUAUAUUCAGUGACAGAUAAAGUUAGUUUUGAAAAGGCCUCUGAACUAAGAAUCCAGCUAAGAAGAGCAAGACAAACAGAAGACAUUCCUAUUAUUCUUGUGGGCAAUAAGAGUGACCUAGUCAGGUCCCGGGAAGUCUCAGUUGAUGAGGGACGGGCCUGUGCUGUUGUGUUUGACUGCAAAUUCAUCGAAACCUCAGCUGCUCUUCAUCAUAAUGUUAAGGACCUGUUUGAAGGGAUUGUUCGGCAAAUUAGACUUCGCAAGGAUAGUAAAGAAGACAAUGCCAGGAGAAUGGCCAACACAAAAAGAAGAGAAAGCAUAAGCAAGAAGGCAAAGCGAUUCCUUGGGAGAAUUGUGGCAAAGAACAAUAAGAAGAUGGCUUUCAAAGCAAAAUCAAAGUCUUGCCAUGACUUAUCUGUGCUUUAGAAGCCUUCAGCAAGGCCAAAUGCUGCACAUGGGUGAUGAACGAGCAUUUGAUGGUUAUAAGAAGUGUAUAGAUAAUCCUCAUGGUGAUAAGAAGAAAGACUUAUCAACUGAGACUCUCAAAAAUGCCUUAAGGUGCAAGCAAGUCCAGAAGUUACACUACACUGCUUCAUUGAUCAAUGGUUUAAGUUUCAAUGUGUGCAAGCAAACGAACUAACUUUUAAGAAGUGGCUUGACAUGCCCACACUUUCACUGUGUAUGUAUGUUAUAUAUCCUGUCGUCCUGUGGAUACCAGAGAUGCAGAGAUAAGAAAGGAUGAUGAUAUGUAUCACCAUAGACUUGUUUCGUUUGCAGAGCAAAACUGAAAACUUGUACGCAGGCUCGUACACUCUUUUUAGUAUAAAGCAAGCAAUGAUAAAACUUUUUAAACUUAAAUGUGGUGAGGGAGGAAUAAAACCACAUCAGAAGGGGAGAAAACAAAUUAUAUAUGUAUAGGUUAAAAUACAGAACAGAUACCAUUUUAUUAAUUAAUUUGCACUUCCAUUAACUUACCUAAUUAAUUUGUUACUUGUUUACAUGCAGAUUUUAUAAUAAAAUAUUAUUUCCUGUAAUAAUAAACUGUGCUUUUCUCAUAGUAUGGAUAAAGAAUGAGACACCAGUAUUUUUAUACAGGCCUUUCUUCACUGUACAGAAUAUUAUACACA